AUGAGCGGCGAAGAUGAUGACCUUAAAUUGCAGCGUGCGUCGUCCGCACUGCUCUCAGAUCUCGAAAAGCUGCUUCCAAAGCUAGUACGAGGACGUCAACAUGGAUCAGCAACGUCCUCAGUUCGCCAGCAUGUGCGGGAGGUGGACAUGUACCGAGCAUGUGCUCUAAUCGAGCCCUUCCAGGAAGAUCCCCAGCUCCUUGAUACGCACCUGAAGAGCCUUCUACCCCCUCUAGUUGCUGCCUACCUGGAUUUGCUGCAGACAACAUCCAGAGAGAAAGUGAAGAAAGGCUACGUACCUUUCUCACAUGCGAUCUGCUACAUCAUCAAUCUUUUCUGCAAAGUCAGGGGCGAAAAUGUCAUCAAAGGUUUCCUCAAUAACGAGCCACGCUAUCUUGAGCCAAUUAUCAGAGAGUUUGAGGCUGGAAAGAACUUCCAGAAGGCAGAGGAUGGAUCCCUUCAGCAGUCAAUAGUACCUUGGGCAGAGCGCUAUGUUCUCCUGCUGUGGCUCUCGCACUUGCUACUUGCGCCUUUUCCACUCGCCUCGAUUUCGACCCUGCAAUCAUCAGAGGAAACCUCAGCAGCACUGGACAUCGAGCUGCCGACAGAGGUCCCAGGCAUUACCCUUCGCGUCCUGAACAUCUGUUUCCAAUUUCUGCAGUCUGCAUCGAAAGAACGGACUGCUGCUGCGAAGCUCCUGGUCACACUAUGCGUACGUCCGGAUAUGCAAGAACUCGGUCUGCUGCACGUUCUCGUCAAGUGGUCCCUAUCAUUCUUCUCUAACGCUGCCGAGGGUACCUCCGACAUACACAGAUGCAUCGGUGUUCUAUCGUUCAUGUCAGGGCUCGUGGCUUCUGCGACCAAUGAAGAGAUCGGUCCAUUCUUGGCUCCAGCAUUCCAAGCCUGUCAACGGAUUUUGAGUCAAGACAACCUCAUGUUUCUCAAGUCAUCUGCGGUGGCGCGUAAGCUGCUCGUCAAGACUAUGCGGAACAUCGUCAUACAUUGCCUUCAGGCAACUUCAAUCCCAUUGGGACUUGAUCCUACGACUGCGCUCGAGGAGGUCAUUGAGGCAUUACUGGAAGCAGUGGGCGAUGGCGACACACCAGUACGGUACGCGGCGAGUAAAGCGCUCAGUAUCAUUACCUUGAAGCUUGAUGCAGAGAGGGCCGAAGAGGUCAUUGAGGCUAUCCUUGGGUCACUCAACGAGAGUGUGUAUUGGCAAGGGACCAAGCGUAAUUUGAGCGGAGUCAACCCUCUUCGUUGGCACGGCCUUACUCUGACUCUGUCACAUCUGCUCUACCGGAAGGCAAUACCAACACAUCAGCUGCCAGACGUCCUGAAUGCACUGUUGCUGUCCCUUGGGUUCGAACAGCGCUCACCAACUGGCGGUUCCGUUGGAACCAAUGUACGCGACGCUGCUUGCUUCGGCAUUUGGGCCUUGUCUCGCCGCUACUCUACAGAUGAUCUUCUUGCAGUACAGACCACGUCGGUUCGUGCCUCUGAGCAUCGACCGGACAUGUCUGUGCCUCAAACACUGGCGAUCGAGCUUGUAGUUGUUGCAUGUCUUGACCCAGCCGGCAACAUCCGUCGAGGCUCAUCUGCGGCGUUACAGGAACUUAUAGGUCGUCAUCCAAACACGAUCCAAGAAGGCAUCCCGCUAGUUCAAGCUGUAGACUUCCACGCGGUCGGCCUUCGCCAGCGAGCCAUGUGCGAUGUAGCAGUCAAGGCUGGAGAUCUGCAGUCAUUGUACUGGCAAGCCAUCUUCGAGAACCUACUGGGAUGGCGUGGGACUGGGUCUCUAGAUUCUGACUCACGUCUUUUCGCAGCCAAGUCCAUCGGCCUCUUGUCGAAGAAUCAGACGUCCGGCACGGUGCGACAGAUGACUGAUCAAAUCUGUAACCAGCUCAAGACACUGCGGCCUCGAGAGGUUGAAGAACGCCAAGGUCUUGUAGCGGCUCUGGCAGAGCUUGUGGAAGCUCUAAAUCACGCUGAGUAUACUUUGGGAGGUCUGAGUAGGCCCUCAGCCUUCAUACAUCUAUGGCACCUUUUUGACCAUCAGCUCAAGCUUGAAGAUAAGUCGUUUACUUCACCAGCAAUGCGACCAGAGUACACAGCAUCGUCAUAUUGCACCUUUAUUGCGGCUCUGGCUCGUGCUAUGAGUACCUUACCGAAGAACGGCUGGGUCUCAAAGAUACCUGUGGCCGAGAUUACUCGCAUCCUGAAUCUGUGCCUUGCGCGGCAUGAAGAGACCGUCUUAUUAGCGAUAGCUGAUGUUUCUGGUCAAAUUCUUGCACUCCUACAGAACGUCACCUCGGGCCUUGCAGAGUCUCUGGUUACCGACUGGCUAACGAAGCUGGAGAACGAAGCUUCUUAUAGUGGACUCCGAUGUUCUGGCCAUGCGAUUGCGCUUGGGUCAGCCUACAGAGUACCAAUGUUAACGCAAAACAGAGCGGUCACGGAAUUACAAACGCGUAUCCUUAGGACGAUCACGUUCAGAUGUACCCCAGCAGUAGCGAUUGAAGCGCGAACGGUAGCCUUACGAGCCCUGGACACGUUGCUCAAGAACUGCCAAGAGAUCACGAAGGACUAUCAAGCACCCAGAGCAGCCGACAUUAAAGACAGAUUAGCAAGCGCAUUGCACAUAGCUCUGAACGACUAUACAGUCACCGAGCGAGGCGACGUUGGCUCGCUUGUGCGACUAGAGGCGCUGAAUGCCGUCCGACGAGCAGGCGAGGCUAGUCUAUUCCACGAUCAGGCAGCUGAGUCAGAUCAUCUGAUAUAUGCAGAUGUCUUGCGACUAUCAUUGGAGAAACUGGACAAAGUCAGGGCACGAGCGGCGGCUAUCAUUACUAAGGGCUCCCUUACGAAAUGCCCUGAGCUCUUCGCCAUGACAGUUGACGAUGUCUCCUCGCAGGCGUAUUUCAGAAAGGCUCUGAAAGCAAUGCAGUCGACAGAUCAUCCUGUUAUCAGAGAGGCUAUUUGUCAAGGUCUAGUGAGUUCGGCAGGCAUGGCAUCGGAGUCGGUUGUCCAGAAUUGUAGAGAAGCGGUUCUGGACUUCACCACAACGUUGCCUUUGACCAGCACCUCGGACAGCAAGGAAAUGUCGCUGGUAGAUUUCGCGACUUGUUUGGUCGAGUUGCUCAAGAAGGAGCUCGAAAACGAUAGGGUACUGCUUCCACUACUCGAAGGAUGGGCGUUUCUCUUCGACAUGCAGAUUAUGCACCGCCUCACCUCCACGAAUUUCAACUUUCGAACGCUUCUUUCCUAUGUCCAGAAAGCUCAUUUCAAGUCCACACAUAUCCAAAAGCUGCACCUCGCUCUGGACGUGUAUCGUGGACUUGGUACGAUUCCAGCAACUCGCGCCGACACUCUUGCAAAAGUGACAAGCAUGCUCCUACACCCGUUUCCCAAGAUUCGGAUCACCGCAGCAGAGACUUUGUGGAUGUUGACCCAAGAGGAUAGCUUGAAGCUGCAAGACUGGAGCUUGCCAUCGAAGAGCUUGAAGCCGGCAGUUGAUAGCAUCAAGAAGCUUCAGGUCGGCACUGCAUAAGCUUGAUGCGGCUCAACGGAAGUACAAACCUGUCACUCAAAGUUUCUCAAAGUGGCGAGAGCGGGCUUUCAACCUGGUCUGCGGCCUCGAUGACACGCUUUCAGGCCUUCUGUCACGUUCCUCAACGCUGCAGUGUCAGCUUGUACCUCGCUCGCAUAACGCACCUGGAUUCAGUAUUGCUGAUGUCGUGACUGCCGGGUGCUCACAACGGCCUUCCGCCUUCUUGUCGGUCAGCGACGAUCUGCUCCAGUCAUAUUACCAGGAUGAAAAUCCGGUGUCAGGAGGACAUGGUUCUUUGGGGCUGUAGGAUCGGAAUGUAGGAUCGGAAUAUAGGAUCGGAAAGAGGGUGUUGCGGCACGUACAAUCUUACCCCACAAGAAGUCCUGUCUGUCAACACGCCUCACCCGAGCUCCCAGAGUCAGGCAGCACUACGUAGGUACUUGGGGUGUUUAAACGAUUAGCUCA